AUGCGCGAGGGGGGCAAGCGACGCAUCAUCAUCCCGGCCGAGUUGGGAUACAAGGACGAACGAAAGGGGCCGCUGCCGCAGCGCUACGGCGAUAGGAGACGCCUGUUUGCUACCGAUGCCAGUGACCUGAGAUAUUAUUAUCGUCACAUUUUCCGAAUCCGCAGCCAAUUGUGUGCCAUACCCAAUAUCUGUGUCAAUCUUCUUCCGCAUCCUUCCAUCUGCCCUUCUUGCUCCUUUGGAUCCCUUGUCCCCACACCUCACUCAUGGCCCACCCUUCCAAACUGGCCACCGCCCCGGCCGUCUCGCACCGCGGCCUACGUCUCGCCCUUGCCGGCGCCCUCGCCGGCAUGUUUACCAACACCAUCCUGCACCCUCUCGACACCGUCAAAACCCUCCGUCAAACCGAUCCCGCCUCUUACCGCGGCGUCGCCCCCGCCAUUGUCACCAUUAUCCAAUCUCGUGGUCCGCUCGCCCUGUAUGCGGGCAUUGCCCCGGCCCUUCUGGGAAGCGCUCUGUCCUCGGCCCUUUACUUUGGCGUGUACGAGCUCGCCAAAACCCAUCUUUCCUCGAUCGUCCCGUCUGCCCUGCAAGAUCGCCGCAGCCGCGUCCCGCUCACCGCCAUAUCCGCCGCGUGCGGAAACGUCGCCUCCUCCAUCCUCUUCGUCCCAAAGGAGGUCGUCAAGCAGCGAAUGCAGGCCGGCCUGCAUUCCGGUCGCUUCUUUUCGGCCGCCGCUGCCGUUGUGCGUACUUCGGGCAUGCAGGGCUUGUAUCGAGGCUAUAAGGCCACCUUGCUCAGGAACAUCCCAACAAGGAUUCACUUGUCGCGGGGCAAAGGUGAGAAUUGUGGGAGACCAGUGUGGAUAG